AUGAAGAUAUGUCAGAGCCAGGCGAUUCAGAACUACGUCGCGUCGAUUGCGCCAAAGUUCCGCAGCAUUCCGUCGAAGGCCCGCGGUAUCGACAUGAUGUGGUGCGCAAGUAUGGAGGACCUUCUUUUGGACAUUAGCAAGUCUGGCGUCUUUGGGGUACUGUUCGGCGGCGACGCGUCGGCUUUAAAGAAGGAUGAGUUGAAGGCGGCAAUGGAGAAGUGGUUCGGUGUCUUCGAAAAGUUGUCCCCCGAGGAGGGCUUCGUGACCGGCGGGAAGAAUCCGUCUCCUGCAGAUUGUGUGGCCGUACUGCUAUACAGUGCUACUGCGUUCCCGUUUUCGAAGUUCGGCCCGCUUUGCGACUUCGACAGCGACAAGUACCCGAAGCUCAAGAAAGUGGCAGAGCGUGCCGCUGCGUCCAAGGGCCUGAAGGAGUACAUAGAGUCGUCGGAGACUAUCAAGGGCGCGCCAGGCGGGAAGUAG